AUGUUACGAGUUCUGAUGUUGCAAGUUGCGGUGUCCAUGUUGACUUACCAAACAACUAACGGUAAGAAACAAACUCUGGCAAAGUGUAAGAAAGCUUUUAACUUAUAUACCUUUCAAGUGUUUUGAAUAGCGCUUGUAAAGUUUUGGCGUAAAAAUAUGGUCUCAGGUAAAAUUAAAUUAAAGCUAAAUUUCUAUCAGACUCCGUGGUAUAUCUGCUAUAAAACAUUUUUGGAAGGGGAUGAGGCAUGUUGAAAUUUAGAUGAGAGGGAGGUCUCAGAAUAUCGAUGACUCUAAAGUGGUACAUUCAGGAAUAACAUACACCUCCAUGAUUUACAUGAUACAGUGUUGAUUGAAAACAAAGUACUUGAGGUCAAAUGAAACAUUAAAUUCAAAAUUAUGGAUGUUGAUUAUAUUUUUAAAAUGGUUUCUGUUAUUUCGGCGUCUAUUUUCGUUUGAUUGCGUUUGCGAUUUGAGUUAAUGGGUUAGGUUUGUUUUUACUAUAUAAGUACAUUUGCAUUAAGCUAUUUCACAAAUAGAAAGUUUGUUGAAUGAACAAAAAAAGUUGUUAUGUAAUGUACUUUCACCAUAUUACUUAGAAUCAUAGCUUUUUAGCUAUCUAUGGCUUCUAGAGAUGAAUGAAAGAAAAAAAUAACGUUCAAAGUACACAGCUUGAAAAUAUCUUCAUAAUCCAUCACGCUAACCUGAGCUGCAUGCAUGAUCUCCCUCAAUCGGAAAAAAAACGAAUGCUCAAACAUACGAACGUACUGUAAAUCUAUGCACGAACACACACACACACACUGGCAAGCACGAGCAUAAGUAAAUAGGUAAGUGAAUAUCUCAACACAUGAAUGUAUUGGACCGCAACUUUUGCGUUUAUUCAUUAAGUUUUUGCAAAUAAUUAAACGUUCUUGCGUUCGACGCAGCUUUUCAACAAGUUGCCACCCAAAUUAUGUAAUUAUCAAUUUAGCAAAAACCUUUAAAGCAGCAAAAAUGCAUGGAUAAAAAAGAUAGAAAUAUUUAGUACUUUUAACUAAAUCUUCUGUAUUUCUUUAAAAAGCGGAAAGAAAUUUCUCUCGCAACCCUCAACAGCGGUUGUUGGACGAUUUACUUGAGGGCUAUGACAGAGAUGGGCACCCAGGUGGCGGACAACGAGUCAAAGUGGAUGUAGGCGCGAAAGUUGUACGGAUUGUCAACAUUGUAAGUAAACUCACAACGGGAAGCUUUGUAGGAAUAUUCAAUAUUCAAUAGCGUUGCUUUUGUACCCGUCACUCUGAUUUGUGAUUGGUCCAGAAAACUCGCGCCACUCAACAGAGCCAAUCAGAUGCUGUACUUUAACCAAUCACGAUUCGGACGCUCCCUUUUCCUCGUGCUUCAGGUGCCUUGCUUUAUUUUGCACUGUUCUUAAUGACAGUCGUAUCAUUUCUUUUUUUAGGAUUAUCAAUCGACAUGAGCUCCAAAACAGUAAACAAAAGUAAAUGAACUUGACCCCGUGUCACGAAAAGAUCCGACCUCGUCUUGAGACGUAACUGGAAAAUUCUUGGGUUCUAUUCUUUUACAAAAGACCGCAAAUUAGAAGACUCAGAUAAUGUGAUUAAAAACCAAUUAACGCGCGAAAAUACUUUUUUCCGCCCUCGUAGGACGAGAAGAACAAUGCUUUGCAGGCUCAAUGGUGGAUGAAACAGGUCAGUUUUUUUUAAUUUGUCUCCAACAAAGCUAAGCAAAGUAACUAUAAAAAGCUACAACUGUUUGAAAUGCAAUCCAGCCUUCACGUUGUUGCUUUUAAGAUAUGCUAUGCUGUUUGGCUAAAAUUUAACAGACUCAGUACGUAAAGCGUCGCGAGAUUGCUCUGCUAUGACCUCUCUUAGAUAUUCUAUUAAUAACGGCAGAGUUUGUCAAAGAUGGAAGAAAAACGUGGGAACGAUAAUUGAAAUGAAACAGAGACAGCUCAUCAAGCCCCUAGCUGAAUUGGUCCAUCAUGAUCAAAGGCACGCGAUGCGUACAGAGGCUCAUUACGCUGGUGUUGCAUUUUAAAAUAAACAGACCAAAAAUUAGUUUUUAAACAGAUUUUGUAGACAUGAGCAAGUUACAAGUUUAAUUACUCUUAGGACUGGAACAAUCCUGACCUCAGAUGGAAUCCAGACGACUAUGGUGGAUUACAAACGGUUUAUGUGGUUCCAUCAAAGGUGUGGGUACCAGAUGUUUUGUUGUACAACAAGUAAGUGCAUGAUUCUAAUUUUCUUUAUAAAAGACCGCACGUUCUUGCAAUCCUUCAAUGAAUUAAUUCUUCAACCUUCUUCAGUGACCAAGACAGAAUUUCUCCUUGAGGUUUUAAAACAAUAUUAAGCAGAAAAGUGAAGAGAACAAAGAAAAGUAUCAAUUGGAAAUUAUAUGUUGAUCCAAUAACAAAUUCUCCAAACUAAUGAGAUCUUUGGAGUAAAAGGGUGAACCUUAUUAUUUCCGUCGUUUAAUCACCGUGUUUCUGAAAUAAUAUUAGUGCAGAGUCCGUUGUCAACUGGCAGCAAGAACUCUCAGACUUAAAUUCAGUUUAUUAAAUCCCUGAUCAACAUACCAAGUAAAGUUUAUUUUUCAGCGCUGACAAAGAAAUGGAUGCUGCUGGUGCACUGGAGAAAUACAAAACCAAAAUUUCCCUGUCCUAUGAUGGAAACAACUCGUGGAUGGCGCCAGCCAUGUUCCAAAGCAUUUGCAAAAUCAAUAUCAAGUAUUUUCCUUUCGAUGAGCAACACUGUCAAAUGAAAUUUGCUUCCUGGGCUUAUGACGUCUCAAAGCUUGACGUUUACGUCAAUCCUAAAGAGACAGGUCUACAGAAAGGGAUUUACCAGCCGUCUAAUGAGUGGCAUCUCGUUAGUGUCGAUGCAGUGAGGAAUGAGGUAUGCCCAAGUUAUCAAAUAGUACACUCCGUAGCACGAGCGUAUUCUUGGCCACCAAACGCUCUGUGGUUCUUUAACAGAACUUCGGUCGCCAUCUCGGGUUUUUAAGAUAGAAGGAAGCUGGGAAGGGCAAGAAAUUUUUGUCGAUGUAAAGAAAGAGGACGGGAGGGGGGUACGAUAAAGCUUCUUCGCUAAAUUUCCUGCCUUCCUACCUCUAAGUUAAUCCUCAGCCUGAAUCAAAUUUAUUUGAUCAACAAACGAUCGUCAGCAUUCAUCGCUAACUCGCUCUCUCUAAUAAAACGCUUUUGAAAGGUAGGGGUGGUAGAUGCAAGGGAAGGGUCCGCGGGUCCCCUCCCCCCUCCCUUCCCCCUACUUGCUUGGUAUGGUAUGGUAUGGUGACUUUAUUUAUACACGGUAUUUCCUUUAGGUACAUUUAUUUUCAAAAACUAAAAUAAUUAAGAUGAAAAGAAAACACCUGCUUUUCAAGGAGGCCGUGUAAAAAUAACGUAUAGCUGAUUAAAUUAUUUCACUGAAUCGAAAUUCAGGUCCCUUCAUUUUCCCUUAAAUACAGUAGGGGAUUUCAAUCGCCGCACUUCCAGAGGCAACCUGUUCCAUAACACACUUCCGCUUGAGACCGAAAUUCUUUUCUUCAAAGAACAGGAUCGCUUAUUACCACCAAACUUUAAGUAAUGAACUUACCUUAUAAAGUAUUUCUGGAUCCGCCCUCGAUUCUCUUAUUUCCUUGACUCCUGCUCACUGAUCAUCGGGGCAUAUGUCUUGAAUACAACCUCAAAACAUAAAACACCGUUUCACGUUAUUUCACCAAAAUUGUUGUUUCAAUUUAAGGUAAAGUACACAUGCUGUCCUCAUCCUUAUUCCGAAGUGUUGCUGACACUAAAUCUACAACGUCACUCAAGAUAUUACGUCAUCAACCUGGUGUUUCCAUGCGCACUGAUUGCCUGUAUGGUGUUUUUAACGUUCGUGUUGCCUCCAGAAUGUGGGGAGAGGAUUUCACUAUGUAUAACUGUUCUUAUGGCCAUGACAAUCUUCCAGGAACUUACAUCGGAGAAACUACCACCCAGCUCAGAUACCUUCUUUUUGAUCGGUAAGUGUGUACAGAACACCUUAAAUUUUGCCUAAAAAAACUACAACAAAAACAAGACUGCUUCGGUGACGAGUGAGCUCUCACAUGGUCACAAAAGUCUCCCCUAACUUUUUAAGGAAUCCAUUCUGUAAUACGUUUUAAUUAAGUGAUGAAUUCUCAGCGAAUUAGGCAAAUAGCAAUCAAAUAUGUUAUCAUUGACAUUAAAUUCAGAGGAUACCUUGGCCCGCAAAUUGCGAUGGUUAGUCUAGACGGGUAGUGUUUGCAUGAUUUUCGUCUAAUAUCUUUACUGAUGAAGUCCAAAAAAAAUCUUAAAGAAAAUGCGAAAGAGAUGCAUAGACAGGACCAAAUGACUACUUAACGAACUGACCGUGAACUAACUAGAAAUCUCUUCGCCACGAAGUUAGAUUGCAAGGACGGAACCACUUAUAUUUUUCGACAACCAAAGACCUCUAAUAGAUAGAUAAACACAAUGAAUAUUUCCUGGUUACUGAAUAUAUUUUCAGGCACUUACUACACCGUCGCUAUCUUCGAAAUCGGUUUAGCGAUAGCAGCCACUUGUCUCGUUCUUAACUUCUACUACAGCAAAACAAAGAUGCCCGGCUGGUUAAAAACGAUUCUUCUCAGAACUCUGGCGCCCCUUGUCAGAGUAACGGUCAAGAGAAGACGGCUUUCAGUCAAAGAGAGUCUGCGGUCAACAGACGGCGGGCAUGCGCUCGAUACAAUUCACAACCCAACGUUUGACCCAACUUUUAACCACUCGGACAAUGGCCUGGCUCUGACCUGGGUUGGGGAUGUAUUUGAACAAAAUUCAAGUGUUUCUGUAAUGUCUGUGAACUUGAGAAAAGAUAGCGUCGUCGAUGAAGAGAUGGACUCUAAACAGAACAUCAACAACUGCGGGAAGAACUGCAACGGUAUUGCUGGCAAAGGCAACCAUUCCAUCAAACUCAAAGAAAAACUUGCUCAGGAAAAAGAAAGCACACAUCAAAUAAUGGAACCAACUUUGCAUCAGAUAAUUGAAUGGCAAGAUGAGUGGAGAGCGGCGUCGCAAGUGUUGGACAGACUCAUAAUUAUUUCCUCUGUGAUUAUCGGGUGUGUUUCUGCUGCUGUUAUUUUCCUGCAAGCUCCAAGAGUGAGACAAAUGCUGUCUUUUUCAUAGAAAAGAGGCACCAGUAAGGAAUGUGUGAGAACAAAUCCAGCAUAUAUGACAAUGCAUAUUCUCCCUACUUUUCGGUGCGAUAAUGUGGGGAUAUUGUGAGGAAAGGAGAACAACGUUCGAUCCUGGAGAAAAAAAACAAAAGGCUUCCCUGAAUUUCAGCCUUGUGUGUGAGCGGCAACAAAACGUACGGUGGCCCACAACCGUCACGGCAAAAGAAAUAACCUCGCGGCAAAAGAUAAAGACUCGCGACAAAAGGAGGAACCUCACCGCAGAAAGGAAAAGACUCGCGGCAAAAGAAAUAACCUCGCGGCCAAGACUCACCACCGUGAGUCUUUUCUUUUUGCCGAGGGGUUUUUUCCGCGAGGUUACUUCUUUUGCCGUGACAGUUGUGAGCCACCGUAAAAACGUAAUAACUUGGUUAAAAAAAACAUAUAUUACAAAGGUUUCAAGUCCGAAAUCUUCAUUUAAGGGACAGCAUCAUUACAUAACAGGUGAGAAAGAAAAACAAUUUUAUCGAAGAGUGAGACGCUAACUUUCAUAUACAUUCCCGUAUAACAAUAUUGCAAGGUACCAAAGCCCAAAAUUGUGACAAACCAGAACACGGUACUGUUAAAUAUUUUUAACUGCUAUUUUCACUAGUGUUCACGUAGAUAUCUUUCAAAUAUGCAUGUAAUGCAGUUUUUACUAUACACGUGUGACUCUCAGAGAGGAGAGUGACGCUUAAUCUUUAAAAAUCAAGUGGUAAUGACCAAGAGAAAAUUGAAGGAGAGAGAAGAACACUCUGGAAGUUUACAAAGGAUAUCCAUGACACCUAAAUUAUCAUUUAGUUUUAGACGGAAAUGGGAAGAUGCAUUCUCAGACGUCAGCAUUGUAAUUUCUCGCUCCAUAGAAACCAUUCCCCCCUCUUAAUCAAAAUCGUUUUCAGCAACAAAACCGAUUACAGCGCUUUCCACCAUCAAAUUGCUUCCACUCAGGAAUCCUUGAUGCGGACCUCUCGGAAUACAGGUUUCCAUUUUGGAGGCUAAAUCUAAUUAUAAUUUUAAUGGAAUUGAUACAUUGUAAGGUCUGGACUGGGAAUCUUUCUCUCUGUUCUUCCAUUUACUCUUGUUCUGGAGUGUGGAAAUAGUGAAUGAUAAACAUUGCGACAACAACAAUAAACGACUUUUGUUCUUU